UCUCACCGAAGCCUCGCUUUCGAUUUCAACAUGGUGGCUACGUGAAAUCAGCCGUGUAACGUGACCCAUACCUGACUGACUUUAGGACCCGCGCGGAGCUGCUGGAGCGCUGGCCUCUGCUGCAGUCAGCGUGAGCAGCGGAGCAUCCGGAGGAGAGCUGGCCGGCUGGGGAGGCGGUGGAGGACGGGGAGAGCGAAGCAGAAGGAGGAUCCGGGAGUCAGCGAAAACAAAAAAACAAAAAAGGGGUCAGGCCUGGAACUUGGCGAAGCGGGGGAUCCUAGAGAAGGAGGGUCAUCAUUUUAUCCCCUAUUUUUCUUCUUUUAUUUUCAUUUUCUUUUGCAUUGUAUUCAACAGUCACUCAUUUGGCGAUGCCGUCCAGCUCAGUUACCACCGCCGCCGCAUUCAAGAGCUCCGACAUCAACUGUGACACGAACGGAAAUCAAAUGAAUGAGAGCUCUAGAAUGGACACCAUGAUUAUUGAUGAGAUGCCUUCGCUCUGCACUCCUGUCCGCAAGGUUGGACGGCCUGGCCGCAAACGCAAGAACCUCCCCGUGGAGUGUUACGGGCCAGUAGAUCAGCUGGUGGGCGUGGCUAAGCAGGAAAAAGGAGUGGAGCUCCAGUCGUCUUUGCAGUCCCAGAAUGGAGAUGUUGAGAGGCAUGAGAACAAAUCGUGUGAAGGUCGCCACCCCACACUGGACAAGAAUGCUGCAGAAAACGGGCUCCCACGCCAGUCGGGCUGUCACGCCGAGUCGGCCUCUGAUUCAAGCCUGAGCCCAUCCCUGGAGAACGGAUUUGUCUCCAGCCAGGACUCCGAGAAAUAUGAAGAGGAGACACUGCCAACUCUGCCUCACAAGAAACGAGGGAGACGGAAACUGGAGCGGCCGACUAAAUACGUGGAGCACAAGGAGGACGAGGGUGGGGACUCUGCAAAGAAUGAGGGAGCUCGAGGGAGGCUUCGUGGGGGAGUGGGCUGGGAAGUCAGCCUCCGUCAAAGACCCAUGCCCAGAGUAACCUUCCAGGCCGGUGACCCUUAUUACAUUAGCAAGAGGACCAGGGAGGAGUUGCUGGCCAAGUGGAAGUUGGAGGCAGAGAAGAAGGCGAAACUGGUGAUGAACUCAAUGGAGGACCAUGGCGAGGUAGAGUCAGAGCCUCAAAAAGACAGCUCCAUAAUCAACGUCCCGCUACUCAUUUCUCCACCAACACUGCCAACGCAGCAGCAACCACCACAGCCUCAAGCUCAACCUCAGACCAACCUCAAACCCGAGCCUUCUCCCCAACAGCAACCUCCACCAUUCCAACAGCAGCAGCAGCCUACAGAUCCAGCCUCUCCAACUGUUGCCACCACCCCAGAGCCCGUAUCUAUAGGGGACAGAAACAAGACCUCACCCAAGUCCAUUGACACAGAGUUGGAGUACGAGGAUGGCCGAGGUUUCGGCAUUGGUGAGCUAGUCUGGGGAAAGUUACGAGGAUUCUCCUGGUGGCCUGGACGGAUCGUGUCCUGGUUAAUAACUGGACGCAGUCGGGCGGCUGAAGGAACUAGAUGGGUCAUGUGGUUCGGUGACUGCAAGUUUUCUGUGGUCUGUGUUGAGAAACUGUUGCCUUUAAGUUCCUUCCACAACGCCUUUCACCAGCCAACCUACAAUAAACAACCAAUGUACAAGAAAGCCAUUUUUGAGGUGCUACAGGUAGCUGGCACUAGAUCAGGCAAAAACUUCCUCAUGGUUACGGUGAGUGACGACACUGACCCUUCCAAGUUAGAAGACAUGCAAAUCAAAAAGAUGAUUGAAUGGGCCAUGACAGGAUUUCCACCCACAGGACCUAAAGGUCUAGAGCCGCCUGAAGAGGAGCGUAUCCCCUACAAGGAAGUAUAUCCAGAGAUGUGGGUGGAACCAGAGGCGGCGGCCUACACGCCCCCACCAGCUAAAAAGCCCCGCAAGAGCACAGCCACAGAGAAACCCAAGGUCAAAGACAUCAUCGACGAGCGGACUCGAGAGAGGCUUGUAUAUGAAGUUCGUCAGAAAUGUAGAAUCAUUGAAGACAUCUGCAUCUCCUGUGGCAGCCUUAAUGUUUCCCUUGAGCACCCACUCUUCAUUGGAGGAAUGUGCCAAAGCUGUAAGAACUGCUUCCUAGAAUGUGCGUAUCAGUACGAUGACGAUGGCUACCAGUCUUAUUGUACUAUCUGCUGUGGAGGGAGGGAAGUGCUCAUGUGCGGAAACAGUAACUGUUGCAGGUGUUUCUGUGUGGAAUGUGUGGAUCUGUUGGUGGGCCCCGGCGCGGCGCAGGCAGCUAUUAAAGAAGACCCAUGGAACUGCUAUAUGUGUGGGACAAAGCAUCAGUGCGGUCUGCUGGAGCGCCGGAUGGAUUGGCCUUGUAGACUGCAGCGCUUCUUUGGCAACAAUCAUGACCAGGAUUUUGCACCACCAAAGCUCUACCCUCCAGUUUUGGCAGAGAGGAGGAAACCCAUUCGUGUCCUGUCACUUUUUGAUGGGAUCGCAACAGGGCUGCUGGUUCUGAAGGAGCUGGGUAUCCAGGUGGAGCGUUACGUGGCCUCAGAAGUGUGCGAGGACUCCAUCACUGUGGGUCUCGUUCGGCACCAGGGGCGCAUCAUGUAUGUGGGUGAUGUGAGACAGGUCACCCGGAAAAACAUCCAUGAAUGGGGUCCUUUUGAUCUCGUCAUCGGUGGAAGCCCAUGCAAUGACUUGUCCAUAGUGAAUCCAGCAAGAAAAGGUCUCUACGAGGGCACGGGUCGACUCUUCUUCGAGUUUUACCGGCUGUUACAUGAGGCCCGACCUAAAGAGGGAGAUCACAGGCCGUUCUUCUGGCUCUUUGAGAAUGUGGUGGCCAUGGGGGUCAGCGACAAGAGGGACAUCUCUCGCUUUUUAGAGUGCAACCCAGUGAUGAUUGAUGCCAAGGAGGUGUCUGCUGCCCACAGAGCUCGCUACUUUUGGGGUAACCUGCCUGGCAUGAACAGACCAUUGGCUGCCAUGUUCAAUGAUAAACUGGACCUUCAAGACUGUUUGGAGCAUGGCAGGACAGCUAAGUUUGAUAAAGUGCGGACCAUCACAACUCGGUCUAAUUCUAUAAAGCAAGGCAAAGACCAGCACUUCCCUGUCUUCAUGGAUGACAAAGAGGACAUCCUGUGGUGCACUGAGAUGGAGAGGGUGUUCGGCUUCCCUGUCCAUUACACAGACGUGUCAAACAUGAGUCGUCUGGCCAGGCAGAGGCUGCUGGGAAGGUCUUGGAGCGUCCCGGUCAUCCGUCACUUGUUUGCACCACUCAAAGAGUAUUUCGCCUGCGUCUGAACACAAAUCCAGUACAGAUGAAAAAAAAAUUACAACCGAUGUUAUACCAAGAGCUUUGAAACCAAGCUCUCGUAUGUUAUCUGCAAGUUUGACAUCAGACAAAUUGUUGUUGUUGUUUUUUUCUUCUGGUUUGGAAUGAUUGACUCUGUUUAAUUCUAUUUAAUUUUUUUUAUUAUUAUUAAUUUUACUUUUUAGCAGUGUUAUCCAGUAUUUUAAUUGAUCUAUGUGUGCAAGCUAUACUUGAGACAAGGCCUCCUUUUAAGGCACUGAGAGACGAUGUAACAAUUCAAGGCAGAAACGAGAAAUUCAAUGAGACGCAAAUCGCAUUUAGUUCGCCCAAGCAUUUCGACUCCUUGAGUUUUUCAUCUGUAGGGUCGCCGAGCGAUCUAAUUCUCAUGGUGCACAUCUUUCCUCCAGCGUCGGAGCCUUGGUUAGAGCGGGGAAAAAAAGUCUAAGUUUCUCUUAGUGUCAGGGGAGCUCUGUCUUAACCAAUCCAAAACACCAGAUCACAAAUACCUCUUUGUUUACAGUUUCUAUACACAACUGAAGGUGAUAAAGGUACUACUGUAAUAGGUGACAAUAUGGUGCUUCAAGGUGGUGAAAAACAUUGCAACUCAUGUGGUGCUACUACUCGAAACAAGAUGGUGGGGUCACGUUUUGUACCGUCGCCAGGAAAACCGACUGAAACCUUAAAAAAAAUUAAAAA